UUUGAACUGCAGAUGAGCGGUCUUUGAUUUCAACUGACCGUUUCUUCGUCCUCCGGCUGCUAUAACUUGGGCGAGUAGGCCAAAGCUCUCUUCCUGUACCUCGGCGCUUGUGAUUGUUUUCUUUUCUCAAGAAAUAUCACUUGGUAAUUUGUCAACUUCAAGAAACAUCCCUGGAGAAACAGUCAUGGGCAGGCACGGACGCAGCAUUUUAAUAAAUUAAAGUUGGGGGCAGUUAACUGACCUUUCUACAACUUCUCAGCUCCGAAUGCUGUUCUUUGUCUUGGAAGGAUAUCUUAUCCUGCCUUAAUAAUGACAGCCGAAGUGCGAAUGGUACUUUAUGAAGAUGAUUCAGUGCAAGUACAAUAUGCUGAUGGUUCCAACUUGCAACUUUCUCCCUGUGGCUCUGAAUUUUUAUUUGAGAAGUCACCUCCUGUUUCAGCACAUCCUUUAGAACAACCCGAAAGGAUUCGUCAAAGGACACACUUUGUUAUUAGCACUUACCGAACACGACUACAGCGAGCUCUAGAUUUUCGAAAUUCUUCGGCUACUCACCCUUUUUUAUCUGAAAACAUCAUACCUUCUGAAAGAAAAAAGACUGGCAAAAGCUAUACAUUUGGAAAUUUAUCAAGACAAAGACAGAAAAAUAAAGAAAAUGAACUUUAUGGCCACAUCAUGAAAUCCAAAGAACCUUUAAAGAAGAUGGGUUGUGUAAAUGGAACUGAAGGGAGGGAAGAGCUGCCUUUGCCCAGGACAAAACCCACAUGUGUGUACACAUGGAUAAAGCAGCACUGGUCUGUGGCAGCCUGUCCAGAGGAGUGGAAAUAUCCUUUGUCUUUAGCUCUUUGUUUUCAUAAUAAAGCUAGCAAAAUUAAUGCAGAUAUCACCCAGAAUGAAAUUUUGACUUCUGAUGUUUUAGAGGAAAGAGGAAAAGAGAUUUCUGUUCUUCCUAGGGCGCUGUUACUCAGCUGUUCUGUCCCACACCUGCACAGGUGGAAUUUUUGUAAUUCACUCUCCCAGAGACAGUCUGAUGAAGAAUAUUCCUACCCUGAACUUGUGAAAGUGGUUUGGUACAAGGGUGUUACAUAUAGUUUUUUUCAUGUUCACAGAAUUCUUCAACAUUGUGCGAGAACAAGACUUUCUUUAAGCCAUAACUAUCGCAUAUGCUGCUGGAAAAUGGUACUUGGGAUCAAUGACAGCAAAAUACUGCCUUUGCUUUUGAAAGAAUCGUUCAUACCCAAUGUGGGAAGAUUUCUUGCCUACUCUGAUGACAAAGUACAUGCUAUCUUUUUAGAUGGCAUUACGCUAACACUAAAUUGGAAUUUCAGCUCUUCUGUUGAAAAGAGACAAGUAAAUCAAGGUCUUAACUUAGGUUGGUGUAAAUUAACUUUUCCAGAUGGACAAGAUCAAUUAAUUCAGACUGAAUACCCUGGAACAUAUGAAAGAUAUGUGACAACAGUAAUAUCAUGGUGCAGAAGGCUGACCCAGACUAGUCCCAAAGAGAUGCCCACACAUCCUUCCUCUUCUAUUCUUGAAGAAAAUUGGUCUGUUGCUUCGGAACUUGAAAAGAUACAGAAGUUCAACUUGCUGCUGGAGACCAGUGGAGUCUUGAAAGAGAUUUCUAAUAAGAAAAAAGAACAGUUGUCUGAUAAUUGUAAACCAAGAUCUACAGAAACCUUGCUAGAAGAAGUUAAUGAAAAGAGAGUAUCAGUAGCAUUGAAAAAAACUUCUGAAAUCCUUCAGGAUAUUGACUGCCUUCUAUCAAACUCUAAAAAGUGAAAGGUGGAAUUAUUACGGUAUAUUAUUAAAUCUUAGGGAUGUUGUUUCAAGUGACUGGUGUAAUACUACUAGUAAGCCAAGAAACAGUUAUGUAUCACUUUUACACAAUGAUUGCAUGAGAAUUGACAUUUAAUUUUGGAGGUAUUCUACCUAAUUUGUAAAGUUUUAAAAUAUAUAUCUAUAAUAUACUAAUAAAGGACUAUUUUGAAAUU